AUGGUCUGUCACUCUUUUUUCCAGCUCGUGGUCUUUGUCACAUCCCUAUUCCUGCAGGUUCAGUGCAGUCCCCUGACCAUUCAGAAGCGUGGUGCCUGCGCCACCGAAGAUCCAGACGCAGUCUUCCUCAAUGAAAUCGGUCGCUUGAAGUCAGAUGAAGUCAAACCUAUCAAUUCCCAAGCCCGGAAAAGCCCUAUUGAGAUUGAAACCUUUUUCCAUAUCAUAAGCAGCAAGGCUGAGUCGACGCAGGUUUCCGAUGACAUGAUCAAUGCCCAAAUUUCUAUCUUGCAACAGUCGUAUGCAGACUCUGAUAUCUCCUUUCGCUUGCGAGAUGUUAUUCGCCAUGUGAAUGAUGAGUGGGCUCGUAAUGGGGAUGAUAUUGCGAUGAAGACUGCACUUCGCAAAGGAACUUACCAAACCUUGAAUGUUUAUUUCCAAACAGACUUACAGGCGUCCCCUGGGCAAUCUGGGCGUGCAAUGGGAAACCGGGGUGCAAGCGUUAAUAAUGAUCUGGCAUCCAGUGUUUUGGGUUUUUGUACCUUGCCCGACCCAAGUGUUAAUGCCAGCAGCCCUGCUUCCGAUUAUGUGAAGGAUGGCUGUAAUGUUCUGGCAAAGACGAUGCCUGGUGGCUCACUGGAUUUAUACAACCGAGGAGGAACAGCCAUUCACGAAAUCGGACAUUGGAAUGGCCUCCUGCACACCUUUCAAGGGGAAUCUUGCUCAGCGGACAAUCCUGGAGACUACAUCAACGAUACACCCCAGCAAUCUACGCCUACAGACGGUUGCCCUGCUAGAAAGGACUCCUGCCCAGACUCCCCUGGACUAGAUGCAGUACAUGACUUCAUGGACUAUUCAUCAGAUGUAUGUUAUGAGCGCUUCACACCCGGACAGGGACAACGCAUGCGAAGCAUGUGGGCCUCGAUGCGACAAGGGAAGUAG